UCCUCCGAGCCUCUCAAUUGUGAUUCCAGAGCGGAUUUCAGAGCAUUGUUUGGUGCCAGUGCCUUAGCAUGAUGUCCAUGGUGGUUGGCUUGGCAUUCGCAAUUUUCAUCGGAUGGCAUAGCGUAGGCGGCUUCAAUGAGGUGCUUGAGAUUGCAAGUAGCGGUGGACGCCUGGAAAUUUUCGACAUAAAACCAAGUCCGUUUGCUUGGAGUACUUUCUGGACAACAAUUGUUGGAAUGAGCGUCAGUUGGUUGUAUUACCUUGGCACAAACCCGGGGUCAUACCAAAAACUUAUUUCUAUACGGAAGGAAAAAAAUGCUGCUGAAGCUUUGGUGUGGUUUGGAGUCGGAUUGACUUUCGUGAAACUCUUAAUGGUGUUCCUAGGGCUCACAUUAUAUGCUGAGUUUAGCGGCUGUGAUCCUCUUUCGAAUAAGGUAACUUAAUCGAAUAGCCACCGGCAUUAGUUCAUUUUUGCGAUGGUCUAAUUCACAGGGCCGG